CGCAGACUGCUCAUUAUCUCCAUGGCUGCUGAUGAGAGCCGACAGGAGUCGAACCUGCCCGAAAUGCGCCAACUCGGGUGUGCGUUCGUGUGUUUAUAGAGCAAUACGUCCAGCUGAUUAACACACGCUCAUCGGUUGUUGUCAGCAGUUAAGAAAGUCUUCUCUUUACGUAAUCGUUUUCCCCCCAAUUAUGCACAUGGUACAUUGAUGCCGCGUGGACCAGGAUUAUUUUUGCAGAGGAGAUCUCUAGUGCUCUCCCCUCCUCCCCACAUCCGCUGUUGUCCUCAACAGCAGACACACGGACUCACAGACUGGGACUUUUUGUCUGGAGCACCAUUGUAAACAGGCGAGGAGCCGUUUUCAUCAAAUACAACAUCGCUCCAUCAUAGGUUGAAGCCUUCAGUCAGCAAUGCCUGGGAAUCGUCCAACUGCUCCUCCCUGUUGUUCUCUGAGAAUGGGAUCCUAGUAAACCUCUCUGGGAUUUAGUUCAACUGCUAGCAUGUUGCAGCCUUCCACCAGAACAGGUGACUUCCUGUUGGAAACAUUACCUCAUUGGAGAAAGCGUCCGAGAUGGGUUCUCUCCUUGACCCUUUGCAUGGCUCUCCUCUGGCUUCCAGGGGCGACGGCAUCGAUCCUAAACUGCCACAAGACAUGCAUCUGCGCCUCAAACAUAGUGAGCUGCUCCAAGAUGAAUCUGACCUACGUCCCGAGAGGUAUACCACUUUACACUGCUGUGCUGGAUAUCAGCUACAAUGAGAUAGAUAGGCUGCGAGCUGACUGGACCCUGGCCAAGCUCCCGAAGCUCCAUAACCUCCUCCUCAGCCAUAAUGGUCUCAACUUCCUGUCUUCAGAGGCGUUCGUAAAUGUGAAGCACCUACGUUACUUGGACCUGUCCUCAAACAACUUGGAAUUGCUGGACGAGUUCAUCUUUGAACCUUUGGUCAACCUGGAGGUCCUCUUGCUGUAUAAUAACCAAAUUUCCCAGAUUAACCGCGCAGCCUUUAUCACCGUGGUCAAACUUCAGAAGCUCUACCUUAGUCAAAACCAAAUCUCCCGCUUUCCCGCGGAGCUGGUCAAGGAAAAGUCCCGCCUAGAGAACCUUAGUCUGCUGGAUGUGUCCUCCAACAAAAUCAAGAUGCUACUCAUUGAUGAACUCCAGGAACUGCCUGCCUGGAUUAGAAAUGGCCUCUACUUUCACAAUAACCCUCUGCUGUGUCACUGUGAUCUCUACACACUCCUCGCCCAUUGGUAUAUUCGAAAGCUCAACUCUGCGGUGGAUUUUAAAGAUGAAUACACGUGUAUCCUGCCUGGCCCUCAAAAAACCAAAGUGGGUGUUUUUGAACUCAGCGGUUAUCACAUGAACUGCAGCACAUUCAAGGAGGCAGAUGAAGAGGCAUUUCUGGAGCAGAGGCUGAUCCUUGGCUGUGACACCAAACACAAGAACAUGGUAAAGACCUGGAUAAUGCCUGGUAAUGUCGUGGUGAUGCCUGGAAGCAACCAAACCGCCAAAGUCGUGCAAGAUGGUAAGCUGCAGAUUACUUCAGUGAGGAACGAGGAUUCUGGGACGUACACUUGCUUUGCGACAAGCGAGGCCUUCAAUGAAACGAUCUAUGUGGUGCUGAAGGUCCACAACUUUACAAUGGACGGGAUUGGGGACUCCCUGAACACAGCUUACACAACCUUAGUGGGCUGUCUGUCCAGUGUGGUUCUGGUGCUUAUGUAUCUUUACCUGACGCCGUGUCGCUGCUUCUGUUGCCCCAACAAAGGAAAGACGCGGGGUGAGGACAGCAUCCACUCGUCCAUGCUCAGUGUGACACCGACCCAUGAGGAACCAACGCUGAAGGCCGAUUUGAACAGGCACGUGGCAUUCAUAGACUCCAAGGACUUGCAGGGCCAAAACGGCAAGCUAAACCCCAAUGGGGAUGGGGAUGAGGAUGAGGAUGAGGAUGAUGAUGAUAUGGAUGCAGAGGCUGGUUCUCUUAUGAAGGGCAAGAGGAAGAAGUCAGUAGCAGAGUCCAUCAGCUCCGUCUUCUCAGACACUCCCAUGGUGGUCUGAGGUGUGACCGGCAAUGACGAUGAAUGCCACAUGACUGGGUGUAUAUGGUACAACAUUAGCCAUGUUUUAGUUAAUAUAAACUGUAACUGUGACCUUGGCGGAGAAAACAAAAGAAGGCUGUUCAUCUGUAGUUGCUGGCACGUGGAAAUAAGGAUUUUAAAGGGAGUUUUAAAAAAAAAAACUGUCUUGUCAACAAGUACAAGAAGCAGGACUUUUCCAGCAUUUUAAUCUGUAGCACUUAAUAUUCAUACUGUGAAGGAAUGGCAGUGUACAUGAACAUUGGAAACUACUGAAGUCUUAUGAGAGUGAAAUGUAGAUGAUGUAUUGUCAAUAUAAGCUCUCAGGAAGUGAUCCAUUAAACUGCGUGUGGAGAAUACAUAUGAUUCGAUGCACAGGUUGAAAUUUGAUUGGAAGUAUACAGUGAACCCAUGGCUGGCUCAUAAUAAUUAUUAUUACAAAGACUAGAAUAGAUUGCAUCUUACCUAAACAUUAGAGCAUAGACCACUUUAUACCACUCUUCUGUUAACACAGGGACAGAGACUCAGAAAGGCCACCGUCACCAGGCUGUGAUCUAUCUAUAACCUUGAGUCAUCUAUAGAGGAACUGCAUGCCAUAAACCCACAUUACAGGUCUCUAACUGAUCUGUAUAAGUAGGGGAAGAAAACGUAUUAAUUGGAAGUUUAGUCAUUUGUAUAAAGAAAAAGCAGUAGCACAAACAUUAAAUUAAGAAGGUAAUUUCACUGUACUUCAUAGCUGAUACCUGCAAUGUACUAAGAUAUAGUUUUUCAGACAGAUCUUUAUUUUGAUUUGAUGUAUAGUCUUAUGUGUAGCGAUGUAGGGGAAAUUGCAUAAUUGCUAAUUGCAUCGAAAGCAAUUUGGAGGGGUACAUUUACAUAGAGGUAUGGUAUAAACUAGUUAGACAGCUCGAGGCGGAUCAAUGCUUAUGAGAAAAUUGUGUAUCAAACUAGUUGUCCUAACCAAAAAAAAACGUACAGAAUGAAAAACGCCUAAAGCAGACACUCAUUAGAUGCAGAGAAUUAAGAGUUUGACCUUAUCUAUUGGCCAAGUUAUAGCCUUUCUUUCUCUCCAUUACACUGGCAGGAAGUGAAAUGCCAAGCUAAAAUGCUUCUAGGUUAAAUUGGUUUUUCCUUCUGAAUGUAAAAUGUGCACCUUACUCAAAAUCCUGAAUAUUAUAAUGUACAUUGCUUAAAAAAGAAAUUAGGAAAACACUGGGAGUAUUCAUAUCAUAAAUUAUGUAGUAGAUUUAAAUAUUCAAUUUUGCAAACCUGCAAGAUUACAAGUGUUUUUUUUCUUGUGGUAGGUAGAAAAAUCUGUAUGUUGUAUUAACAGGUAAAGAUGCCAAAUAAUAAAACCUACAGGAGACUUUGAGUAAUGAAGAUGUUACACGAGAGAGAUGAGUUUGAAGCUACUGGAAACAAACUCUUGUAAAACAGGACGCACAUGAUCCUUCAGAAAAUAACUUAAUCUAUAGAAGAGUGAAUUUUCUAAGCAAGACACCUCAUAUGCUGUGCAUAUUACAAUAACUAGGUUUUAAACAGGCAACAAGAAAGUGGGAUUUAAUUCAACUGUGCGGCGUUUGUGUCGUAAUACAAUGCUAGCCCGGCGUAAAAGCUAAUUGCAUCGUUUGAUGUGAUGCGGCUUCCCUCUGCUACCCAUGUCUUUGUCUCUGUGAGCAGGAGGGGAUAGGUGUGUUAUCAUGAGCCACAGCAACACAAAGCCAUUCUCGGUGGCUCCCUGUUCACUGACAGCCUCCAUUCAGCUCAGAAUGUGUUAGCUUUGUUUGUGAACCUCUGUCAUUACAAGGCUGCCCUCGCUGAAGUUCAAAAGCAAUCAUUCAAACAGGCAAUGAAUGGGAUACCCUUUAAGUAGUCUCUAAUUUGGUUAUGAGGGGAACGCUUGGAGCUUUCAUUAAACAUGUUCUCCACCACUGAGUCAUAUGAUUGGAAAAUAUAAUAUUAGAACUUGGAAAUAGUCAUUUUUGAAAUCAUUUCUCAGUGCGUUUUAGUUUUCCACUUUAACACCACAGCACAAAUAAUAACAGAUUGGUAUGUAAAUUCACAUACAUAUUGCAAAAUAGCUAUCAAAUGGUAAAAUGUCUUGAGCGUAAUAGGUUUUUACGCAAAAUUAAUGUUAUAUUCACGGCUGCAGUGUGCAACUCAGCAUCUUCCGUGAGUGGGUGAGAAAAGGAAGUCACACUUAUCAGAGAGGUGGUGCGUGAAUCAUGCCACUCUCGCACACCAGGUGGAAAAAUAUCAAAUAUACCAUCAGACGCAUUAAAAGGAAGCCACAUUUAGCCCUUCUGCUGGCUGGCUGAAAUUGGCAAAGAAUCGUGCUCGCUUUUAAGGAUCGAACACCGGAGUAUUGCCCUCUAUAUUCAAUUGUUCUGUUCCCUUCUUUCUCAUCAUGGGGCCAAUAUAAUACAUCUAGGAAUUAAAUCCCUGGCCACUCAAGGCAGCAUGAGGAUCUACUAAAUGUCACAGAAUCUAAAAUGAUACAGAGAUGGCUGUUGAAUAGCCCACAUUGAACUGGCAGACCAUUUCAUAAAAAAAUGUGUUUGCCCAGAAAAAAAAGGCAAAUCUAGUUAAAUCUGUUGUAGCCAAUGUCACUCAGAGUACUAGUCGCGUUUGUGUACACAGAAAAACUAAGUGCUAUUGGUAAGGUCUUAGAGGAAUAGAGUGGCUUUGUUCUCUCCAAAGCUAAUCUGCCUUCCUAUAAAUAUCUAUAUAUACAGUAUAUAAAUAUGUAUUAAGACUCACUUUUCUGUGUUCAGUAUUGAUUAGUUGUGUACUGCUAUGUUCUACCAGUGUACUGACUGUAUUCUUGUACAUUCUGAUGUUGUUGAUCAUUUUGCAUUUCGUCCGCCACCGUGCUGCUGUUAAUUGUUUCAACAUUCAAGUCUGGACCAUAAGUGUUUAUUUUAUAAGCGGGGUGGGUUUUAAUUUUUUUUAAUGACAUAGGAUGUAUUUUACACUUAACUCUGCUUAACAAUAUAGUUAAACAGAAAAUAUAUAUUGAACAUGUAUCAAAAA